GAGCAACCACAGGGAGAGGAAGAGGACAGGAGGGUGCAGCUCCAAGAGGGGUCAGGCAGGAUGAGGACUGGAAACUGUCCUCAAGCCUGGGCCCCAGAGGCCUGGGGUUGGCUCUGGAAGUUCAGCGGUGUCCAUGUGUCUGUAGGGACCUUAAAGGAUGCACGGUGGUCGGAGCUGUGACUCGGAGGACGAAUCCUGGAGAUUAAUUGGAGACACGUGGAAUUAGGCCUGGCUGUGGAGACUUCAUUUUCUUCUUCGUACCUGACCAUUUAUGAUGAGGUGGCUUAUGAAAGUGUGAUGUUUGCUUAUUUCCUCACAGGCACUUUGGAAGAAGAAAGGUGUUGAAUGAGCAAGCAGCAACGUGGGAAGUGAGGUGGAUGUUAAUGGACAUAGCGACACAAGGGCCAUAGUAAACACAGGUGUGAAGGAACUAUUUGCCAUGGAAGCCAGGGAGCUGGAGAGCCACCACACACCCACAUACCAUCUCAUUCCUGAGGCCAGCCGGCCCAGGGAGGAAGAAGAUGUCAGCAUGCUACCUCAGCAGUCCACAGAAACUAUGCAGCUGAAGAAGGAGAUCUCUCUGCUGAAUGGGGUCAGCCUGGUGGUGGGCAACAUGAUCGGCUCAGGAAUCUUUGUCUCACCCAAGGGCGUGCUGGUCUACACUGCCUCCUAUGGGUUGUCGCUGAUCAUAUGGGCCAUUGGUGGGCUUUUCUCCGUUGUGGGUGCCCUUUGCUAUGCAGAACUGGGGACCACCAUCACCAAGUCUGGGGCCAGCUACGCUUAUAUUCUAGAGGCCUUUGGGGGCUUCAUUGCCUUUAUCCGCCUCUGGGCCUCCCUGCUAAUUGUUGAGCCCACCAGUCAGGCCAUUAUCGCUAUCACCUUUGCCAACUACAUCAUCCAGCCCUCCUUUCCCACCUGCGAGCCCCCGUACCUGGCCUGCCGUCUCCUCGCUGCAGCCUGCAUGUGUCUGCUGACGUUUGUGAACUGUGCCUACGUCAAGUGGGGCACACGUGUGCAGGACACAUUCACUUAUGCCAAGGUCCUGGCACUCAUUGCCAUCAUUGUCAUGGGCCUUGUUAAACUGUGCCAGGGACACUCUGAGCACUUUCAGGAUGCCUUUAAGGGUUCCUCCUGGGACUUGGGAGACCUCUCUCUCGCCCUCUACUCUGCCCUCUUCUCUUACUCAGGUUGGGACACCCUUAAUUUUGUAACAGAAGAAAUCAAAAACCCAGAAAGAAAUUUGCCCCUGGCCAUUGGGAUUUCUAUGCCGAUUGUGACACUCAUCUACAUCCUGACCAACGUGGCCUAUUACACAGUGCUGAGCAUUUCAGAUGUCCUUGGCAGUGAUGCCGUGGCUGUGACAUUUGCUGACCAGACAUUUGGCAUGUUUAGCUGGACCAUUCCCAUUGCUGUUGCCCUGUCCUGCUUUGGGGGCCUCAACGCAUCUAUCUUUGCUUCAUCAAGGUUGUUUUUCGUGGGCUCCCGUGAGGGCCACCUCCCGGACCUUCUCUCCAUGAUCCACGUUGAGCGUUUUACACCCAUCCCUGCUUUAUUGUUCAAUUGCACCAUGACACUCAUCUACCUCACUGUGGAGGAUGUCUUCCUGCUCAUCAACUACUUCAGCUUCAGCUACUGGUUCUUUGUGGGCCUGUCUGUCGCUGGACAGCUCUACCUUCGCUGGAAGGAGCCCGAGCGGCCCCGGCCUCUCAAGCUGAGCCUGUUUUUUCCCAUCGUGUUCUGCAUAUGCUCCUUGUUUCUGGUGGUUGUGCCCCUCUUCAGUGACACCAUCAAUUCCCUCAUUGGCAUCGGGAUUGCCCUCUCUGGGGUCCCCAUCUACUUCCUGGGUGUUUAUCUGCCAGAGUCCCGGAGACCACUCUUUAUUCGGAAUGUCCUUGCUGCUAUCACCGAAGUCACCCAGAAGCUUUGCUUUUGCGUCCUGACUGAGCUAGAUGUAGCUGAAGAGAGACAGGUUGAGAGGAAAACUGAGUAGAGGCCAGAGGUGAUAUCCCCUGAGGCCUGGAAGGCCGCUACCUGUGGCCACAGCCACCGAAGUCCAGAUGACAAGACUGUGUGGACCCAACUCUCUUAUACUCAAGGAGGGCUGUUGGCCCACAUUAUGUAAGGGGGCUCAGGGCUGAUGGCCUGCUCAGGUGGUCACUCUCAUCGGUAAGCUAUGGGUCUCAGGAUCUGGGGCCAGCCUGAAGGUGGGGACUUCAGAGGGUGGUGGUGGCAGAGGGCUCGGGGAAUAGGGGAAUGGUUGCUUAGUUUUGUUCCUGGUGAGUAGGUGCAGCCCUUGCAAACACUUACUUGGUGAGCUGCAUUGUGGGAAGAGGGAGUGCUAGGUUAAUAGCUGUGGCUGGUGGUUUCUGAAUUUGAGGUUUGAACUGGGAGUUUCUACAAAGGGGCUGCUCUAUGGGAAGUUUUCCUCUGACCAGGUCCAAGCAUCUGACAUUAGAGGCCUGAAAUGCUACCAUUUCUUCCUCUGGCUCAAAAUCCUUCCCUGGUGAAAGAGUUGUAUUCUAUUAUUUAUUGAUAUUAUUUAAUCCAGGACACCAGUUCUAGCAAAGCAUUGGUGUUCAUUAAUCUACAGGAUGCAGUAGGCUGAUUGUGUUUAAAAAUUCAAAGUAUCCCAAAGCAAGUCCCUCUGACCUUAGAGGUGUCUAUGUGGUGGUGGGUCAGACUCUGACCACAGAUUGUUUUGCUCGGUUUUAGCACAGUCUUCUGUUGAGUCUUACCUGCAGAGGUGAACUUUAAAGAUUUUUUACUCAUGUACCAGUUACACUUCAGUAUACAGAUAGGUCACAUGUUACAAGCACCUGGCUCAAGUUCCACAAGGACAGAUGAACAAAUUCAUGAGUCAGAGGCCUGGUAAUACUGCUACUUUGAAAGAUAAUCCUUUAUUUUACUUGAGACCUUAGGUCUCUGUUCUAGUUGACAAAAAGCAAAUCCCUGGGUUUCUGGUAUGAACUCUAAGAGGGCAGAAACUGUCCUAGGAUUCAGGUGAAUCACUUGAAUUCUUUCAGCUGUCAAUGGUUUAGAGAACAUCUCCUGGACCCAAACUGACAAGUAGCUUGUUCCUCUCUGUAAGGGCCGGUAUGAGGGGCUGCUGUGCAGACCCACGCAAGCCCAUCUUGGUGCUAGAAGUGGUCAUUUUUCUGAAAACCUCACACCAGGCUGCAUCCUCCUCCUCUUCUGUCCCUGACACCAGGCACCAGGCUUUUUUCACACUGAGCCACCUUGGUGUGGAUCACCGGGAUAAUGCACCCAUCGCCUGCCUGCCUCCCCUUGCCUGAGGUCUGGUGGGGCUGCAGUCUCAGGAAGAGCUUGGUACUUUGGAGACUUCUGUUUUCUCUCUGUGGAGAUCAGUGAAGACUCUGGAAGUAAAGCUGCUUCAACCUCCAUCAGCAGAUUCAUGAUCGGAAGCAACUAAUUCUGGCGCUCAGGCUGUGCUUUAGCACCCAGGUCUGCCCAAAGGGGUAGGUUUGCCCUAAUGGAUGUUCCUUCAUGGGCCACAUGGCUGCACUGGAUUGGACAACUGUCCUGUGGUGAUUCCAGACACUGUCAUCCUGGACCCAGAAGAACCUGCUGGCUUGGUAUGCCCCAUGGGCUUCUUGUCCUUAGGUUUUGAAAUUGGUCAACGAUAAAGAUGGGAACUAUGAGGCAAUCUACCUUUCUGACCAUUCUUCUCCACCAAACCGGCCCCAGUUGCAGACAAGGGACUAACCUUGGUCACACUUGCUCAAUAAAGGCAAUUUAGGGGAGCAUGCUCACAGCUGCCUUUUGUUCAGGGCAUGCAUGCAUCUGUGAGAACAUAGGAGUACAUUCCUACUGUCAUGGGUUGGGGAUUUGCCUGACAACAGGGAGUCUUGUGCAAAGGCUGACUUGCCCAGACUGUGUAAACAUGACUCCUGUCUGACCCAAUCUGGCACCUAUCCCAGGGAUCCUCUGGAGCUAAUCCUUCAAGCAGACUGCACUUGUCUUUGAAGGAUCCCUGACCCAGGCUUUAGUUUUCUCUACUGAAGUAAAUGACAAGCUGAUCUCAGGAACUUGUUGCCUCCCAGUGGCUCCAGGGGGAAGCAAGGCCCUCACACUCCAGGUGCCCUAGUACUUGCUUAGUGAGCCAUGUCACCCCCCUCUCAUUACUGGAUGGUGACCACAUUCUUCCCCUCUGUGCUGGAUACAGACUUCUCCCAGGAAGCCUUUUGAGGGAGGGAUGCCAGAGACUCCUUACAGCACUCAGGCUUCCUAGUGGAAUUAAUUUCUGCGAGGUCUUUGUUUAUCUCCUUCAAUCCUUCUCCUGGUGUGCUAAUCCCUUUUGCAGUGGGUACAGUUUGUGAAGCUGUCAGCCCUUUAAUGUUGGCAAACUGUAAAUGGGUACAGAAACAGCAGUGAGCACAUUAUAAUGGCAGAGUGGUUUUCAAUCCUUUGUUUCUAUGCUUACAGGAGACUGAGAUGACUAGUAUUAGAUCUGUACGUUGCUGCCUGUUUUUGCAGCACUGAAUUGCACCUUAGUGGAUAGUUAGGUUGGGAAACCAAGUCUGUUUGUUGGUUUUAUAACUGCAAUAGUAGGGCCCGAAUAUACAUACACAUGGAAAUUAAUCACUUUGGGAGGUUUAACAACUUGUAGAUAAGAAGAUAAAGAUGUACAAAAAAUAUAAAGUGAAAUGGGUGCAGGUAGGAUAGAAAAGUAGAGAUGCUUAUGGAAUCUUAGAAUUGGCAGGAAGAAGACAUUUCCUUGUGUAAUUUAUCUUCUCAUGUGAUAAGCCUGUGCCACAGGGCAAGAGGGCACACCUUGAAUCAAAGUUUCUGUAUAUUGUUUCCCUAGACUUGUGCAGUCCAGUAUGGUAGCUACUAGCUACAUGUAGCUAGUUAAGUUAAAUAAAAUUUUAAAAUUCAAUUCCUCAGUUGCACUAAUCUCAUUUCAAGUGCUCAACAGCCAUAUGUGGCUAAUGGCUACUACUACACAGUGCAGAUAUAGAACCUAUUCGUCACUGCAGAAUAAAUGCCAACUCAGUCAGAGUUAAGGCAUUUGUGGUUUGGAAAGGAAUCAAGAGAUACAAGUUUUGGUAAAAAAAAAUUGGUCCUGUUGACCGUAGUUUGUUUUUGGUGAGUGCUGUGUCUAGUUAAACAUUUCUCAAUGGAAAGCCAAGUUUAGGAUGUACUUUGCAUUUCCUCACUUGCCUUAAGUUCUUAGUGUCUGAAACUUCUCACCAACCCCUCCCCCUUUUUGGCGGGGGGGUAAAGGGAGCAGGGAGUAUGGUGGGAAAGCACAUUAGAUAGUCAGAUUUAAAAAGGUUUUAAAGGAAUUACUUGCUCCCCUGUUCAAAGUUAGUUUUUAUUAAAGAGAUUCAUACAUACCCUGUUCCUUGGCACCACUGCCAGAGGAAACUAGCAAUCUUUACAACCAUUAUCAGAGUCAGGAAGCAGGGAGGUAGAGAUAGCUGUUAACUAAAACCUCUCAUGGCUCAGGCAGAUUCUACUUUCUUUCCUAAUGGCCAUUACUAUCCAGUCUGUGCCGCUACAAGGGACCCACUGCAGCCCUUCUAGAGUCCCUCUAUCAAAAGAAACAGCCUUUUACUGGAGGCAGGUGGCCUGGGAAAGCCCAGUCUUAGUGCUGACAAAACGGGAGACGCUCUUCCCCUUAAUUGGCUUUGGCGUAGGAGGAGAAUGGGAAUGCAGGUAAGAUGUCUGGGCCAGGAAGCUUCACUUUCACAGCAUCUCCCCCGCCCCCAGACUCUAAGGUCAGUUUUGACUGAGACAAAGGGGGGCCCUACAGAUAGUAGAAAAGACGCACUCCCUUAGUGCAAGUUUUCACCAUGGUGGAAUGGUGCUGUUGGAUAUGCUUUUUCCUUCCACGUGUUAAGCUAGGAAGCCCGAGAGGAUGUUAACUAGUGUGGCUGACACUGCAGUCACAGAACCCUCAGGGGCUUGUGGUAGAACCUCAGGGAUGUCACAGGAUCAUCAGUCUGAAUCCAGGUCAUGGGGGCUGUCAUAGCCAAACUCCUUCUGCACAUCCAAAGGGUAUUUGCUCCACAUCUGUGGUCCUCUGUUGUCUCCUUCUUCUUCACUGAGGCUGUUGUAAUCAUCAGAGACUAGAAUGAGAUAACAGGAAUGGGCUCUAAUUGUAUGGUUUUCUAAAUGACCACAAAAGCCCCUUCCCUUCUCAAAAACGUUUGUUUUGUUUCCUAUUAUAAAAUACUUGCUCAAUAAAGAAAAUUUAGAAUAUAGAACAAUUUUUUAAAAAGCAAUAAAAUUCUUACCAUGUAAACCAA